AUAUAUUCCUGCUCCUCCCUGCACUCUUCCUCUCACGCAUAGAGAGUUCGCAGGCUGCACGGCGGCUGUUCCUCUGUCUGCCAUGAAGAUCACAGGGGUUUUGGUGAAGGCAGCUCUGGCCCUUUGCUGCUGCUUAGGUGUUGCAUUUGGCAUUGAGGUUGAUUGCAGCAAGUAUCUGGGCGGCAUCAGCAAGGGUGGGUCAGGCUUGGUAGGUUGCCCGAGGAACCUGGAGCCCGUCUGCGGCACGGACGGCAACACGUACAGCAAUGAGUGUGGGAUCUGCCUCUACAACAGGGAACAGAGGGCCAGUGUGGAGAAGGCACAUGAUGGAGAAUGCGAGCCGAAAACUAUUCCGGUUGAUUGCAGUGGGUACAGAAGAACUGUAAAAGAUGAUCAAAUCAUGAUAGCAUGCCCAAGGAUACUGAAACCAGUCUGCGGCUCGGACAGCUUCACUUAUGACAAUGAAUGUGGGAUCUGUGCCUAUAAUGCGGAACAUCACACCAACAUCAGCAAAAUACAUGAUGGACCAUGCAAACAGAUUCUCAUUCCUGACUGCCGUAAGUACCCAAAAGCUGUUAAAGAUGGCAAAGUGCUAGUGUCCUGUCCGAGGAUCCUGAAUCCAGUUUGUGGCACAGAUGGCGUUACAUAUGAUAACGAAUGUGGGAUCUGUGCCCACAAUGGAGAACACGGGACCCAUGUUAGCAAAAAGCAUAAUGGAAAAUGCAAACAGGAGACUUCCGAGAUCAAUUGCAGUGAGUAUCCAUCAAGAAUUUUUACGGAUGGCAAAGCCCAUGUAAGUUGUCCAAGGAUCCUGCUCCCAGUCUGCGGCACAGACGGGUUUACUUACGACAACGAAUGUCAGAUCUGUGCCCAUAACGUAGAACAUGGGACUCAGGUUAAGAAAAGACAUGAGGGAAGAUGCAAGGAUGAAAGCAGCCCUGUUGACUGCACCACAUACCUGAGCAACACCAAAACUGGCGAAGCCAUCGCAGCCUGUCCCUUCAUCCUGCGUGAGAUCUGUGGGACAGACGGUGUCACCUACAGCAAUGACUGUCUACUGUGUGCCCACAACAUUGAAUUUGGAACCAGUGUUGCCAAGAAGCAUGAUGGAAGAUGCAUAGAGGAAGCUCCCCAGCUCAACUGCAGCCGGUACCGAAGCUCCACGCUGGAGGACGGCAGACAGCUGAUGGCCUGCACGAUGAUCUACAACCCCGUCUGUGGCACCGAUGGCUUCACUUACGCCAGCGAGUGCACUCUGUGUGCCCACAACCUGGAGCAUCGGACCAAUAUUGGCAAAAGAAAGAAUGGACGCUGUGAAGAGGAUAUCACAAAAGAGUAUUGCAAAGGCAUAGAAGAAGUCUCUCCUAUCUGCACCAUGGAGUAUAUUCCCCACUGUGGCUCUGAUGGCAGAACAUACAGCAACAGAUGUGCUUUCUGCAAUGCCUACCUGGAAAGCAAUAGGACUCUCAACCUCAUGAGUAUGGCUGAAUGCUAAGUCUGUGCUGGAGUCCAGCCCAGGAAGACAAGCUCCCUUGCACGUGACUUCCCACGGGCUGAUCUUCCCCCGCAACUGUCCUUCGAUUUGUCUCAUUUCCUUAGAUCCUUGAAACACUUGUUCAAUAAACUUCACAACAUUUCUGUCUUGA